AUGCCUGCAUGCAACGAGAUUUUCAAGGGAAACGAAAAAAUAGACCGCCGUGUCCCCAAACAUAUCAUCGUAGCUGGAUUAUGUAACCUGACUGAGGAAGGGGGCCAGAUGGUUCAAGUGGUCCGUGGUUCGAACCCGACCUCUGCCUCUAGGUUUCCCUUGUCUAGGCUUUGGCAACCUGACAGUAUCCCAGCCCUCGUGCUUCCUUCGUGUGGCAUGGCAGCUAGGCACCGAAAGGGUGCUACAGCUGAACGACUGAGGAAAUCAAAUAGUCAUUGGAAGGGAGUGUGGCAGAACAGGAAUUCCACAGUCCCUAUUGAGAAACCGAUUAACACACUGGAGGAACAACAAUCCAUAAAAAAUCGUUCAGCUGUAGCCCCUUUCCGGUGCCUAGCUGUCAUACCAUCCGAAGGUUGCACGACGGCUGGGAUACUGCCAGGUUGCCCAAGCCUAGACAGGAGAAGUCGAGAGACAGAGGUCGGGUUCAAACCACGGACCUUUUGGUCAGUAGCAUCCGGUGAUCCUGACACAAGGGUUCGUGGUAUCUACGGUGUGGGAAUUGCACUCAUCCCCAAGGCUAAAAGCGUCUUACUGGACUGGACCCGAGUCACCUAUGCGCUGUCCGGUGGUCUGGUUCAAUUAAGAUUAACGCAGAUCGAUGCGGUAAACGGCGUUUGUUUGUCGUAUCACCGUAUGCUCCCAACAGAUGGCAGUUCUGAGACUAAGAGGGGCGAGUUUUAUCAAGAUCUGUCACGACUGCUUCGGUCGGGCAAGAAGGACUGA